UUCAAACAAAUUUGAAAAAUGAAAGUAUUCUCAACUUUAUUUCUUUUUCAGAAUCAUGAAAGUCUUCUUACUUCUCUUGUUCGUCGGUCUUGCGUCGGCAUCUUUUCAUCAGAUGCUGGAUGAUGCUGCCGACGAAUUCGUCCUCAGUUUUCUGGAAGGCAUGCAACACGCUCCUUCACUAAGGGAACAUUUAGGAGAGCCAGACAACCUAUACGCCGAUCAAGUCGAGGAUGAGAUAAAAACGGAGAUCGGUAAGAAACUGAGAGAAGUUAUUAACAAACUCCUUGAAGAACUGAAAGAUGCAGUGGAAACAGGAAAAGAAGUUCGGGCAGACUUCUUCGAAAAGCUGAAAGCUCUGAGGCAGAGAAUAAAGGAAGUGAAGGAGGUACUAGGAGAGCAAAGUAAAGAAUUCCUACAUAAAGUUAAAGAAUUAGUACGGGAAUAUAUCAAGGAAUAUUUGCACAAACUGGGACUGAGCAAACGAUCAGCAGAUGACCAUUUUGAAGAAGUUCUUUCUGAACUCAAUGUUAAAGAAUUGUUGAAGCAAAUCAAAGACCAUAUAAAGAACACCGUUGAUCCGGAACUCCUUAAAGAAAAAAUUGAGAAAAUCUUCGGACAAGGUAGUGAGCUCCUACGACACUUCUUAAAUGUGCUGAAAGAGAAAGGCAAACGAAAACUGAUGAUCCUCAUCGACAGAAUUCUCGACGAAGAUGAAGAUGAUGACAGAAAAUCUCGCUCCAUGAAGGAUUACUGGGAGAAGGUAAAAGAAUACUUCAAGGAUCUCAAGAUUGACCUUCAGAAGAAACACAUGAAAUUCGGUGAAUGGGUAAAGAACAUCUUAGACAAAGGAAUGGAACACUCCAAGGACAAAAUGGAAAAUAUUAAAGCCAUAGCCAAAGAGUUUGCCAAGCAUGCCAAAAAUAUCAGCAAAGAAGUUGCUUCGGAAGCUGGAGAGUUCUUCAAGCAGUAUAAGAAGGAACUGGGAAAUCUAUGGGAACAGUUGAAAGAAAAGAUGGAUGAAAUCCGAAACCAACAAGAUUAAAAUGUAAACAUGCUGAAUAAUAAAUAUCGUUUAUUCAUAAC